CAAUCGCUUUGCGACGGUUUGACCUUCAUGUGCUCAGUAACCUCCACGGUGGUCGAUAGAGCUGAAUUGUAGCCACUUUAGAACAUCGGCCUAUUAUUUCAACUGCAUUGCCUAAUUGUCUUUUAUUUGUAUAAAUACUUUUAGGCUCGAUUGUUUGCCCUUUUAUUCGACGUAAAUGCAUUUUUUGUGCCUAGUGGAAUAUCUGCCCACACAUUCUCAUAUAACGGAAAGGUUUAAACAGUGGUUGUUCGGAAAACUGCGCAACGCGAAUCUUGGGUUUUCCCCCAAACUUUGGGGAUUUUUCCCGAAAUCGGGAGAUUGGGAUCCUUACUCCCCAAAGAUCUCUUUUAGAUAUAAACUUUCCCACAUUAUUUUUUUUAGGCUUUGUGAUGCGAACUUGUUAACGAUUGUAUGUCUUAGGAAAAGUGUAUUGAUUUUGUUUAGCACGGAAAGUUAUCAGGUCCUUGUUUUCAUGCAAUAGACAAUACCGUUUCCAGGUUAAUGUGCUACGUACAUAGACCACCAUCAGGAUAUUGAGUGACUUUUUAAAUCAGGAUAAUCGUAAACGCAAGAUUUUCUAAGGAUGCCUGGACUUUAUUUUGACCUGACUUAUAUCCCACUCUCGAUUUUGGGGUUUUUAUGCCAUUUCCCCAGAAUUUUCUAUUACAGCUUCCCCGAAUUCCCUGAAAUCGGAAGGUUGGGAUCAUGUCCCAUGAUUUGACAAAUCGGACUACUGUUCACCAGCAGUAAAAUGUAGUUCGAAAAAGCCUAAAACUUCUCACAUCACUAAAUUUGACGGGAGGUAGGCGGAGUAACACAUUAAAAGCACUUGCUCAGAAAUACUCGUUGGAAUAUACUCAUGUAUUACCUCUUUGCAAACUAAUUACUACUUGCAGAACUGAGCUUAAAAUAUAGUUCUUAAGGUCCAACUGCUUUUCUUAAUCAAUAGGAGCUUUGUUUCCGGAGGUUCAUGAAAAUAAAAAAAUAUACAUGUUAUAUGGAAAUCAACUCUGAUGUCAAAUCCAUCUUUGAUUUAACAAUAUAUUUUAAGAUCUCCAUGUUUGUGUAAAAAUAUAGUAACCACAAAUUCCAUAAUUUACGGGCUUUAUUACCUACAAUAAUUUGCUUUCUCUUUCAUAUUGCUAACCAUUUCGGAUAACGGGUUUAUUCUCGGAUCAUACUUAAUUCCGUUCUUAAAUUCUGUUAAGUGAAUUAAAAUGAACUGAAAAACACUGCUCAAAGUAAUGCGAUGCAUCAUACGUCCUUUCGAAGUAUUACUAGCUUAUGUAAGAACCACUAAAUCAUCAAUAUUGAAGUUAAGCAUAUGAUGCUAGGUAACGAUGACAUGUCGGCUGAUGAGGUAGCAAAUCCUCAUCGACUGAGGUGGUUAGAUCAUAUAUUCUGAAUGCUUAAACAUCGAUUGACGGAUUUUUAUGGUGUUGGAUUAGGCCGAAAGGAAGCUACGGGCGGCCAAACUAAUACGUUGCAUUAAUUCAUGAAGUUCCACCAUUGAAUUGAACUGUGUUGACAAGUGCAGAUUAACUAGUUGGGGUCCGCACAAUUAUCGUAACCAAUGAUUGUAUGUUUUGUGAGCUGGUUCAGAACCGGUCUCGGUGGUGCAGAUGCACUCAGUCUUAGUUUCUCCUUAGAUUCUAAGUGCCGAAACUUUAACCUUUUCCUCUGUGUACUUAAUCUUCCUUGCUAUUAAUAAAAUUUUACUACUUCUACUCAGAUUUAUUUUGAUUAUUUUAUCUCUCCAUGCUGAUAUGGUGUAGACCUUUUCCCCAGAUUCUACUUUAGAUAUGACUGCUGACUAACUGGAUAAACCACAUGCAUUUUAUAUUUUAUUCAUUUCAUGUUUAUUUCGUCUUAUGACAUUAAAUGUCUUUCGACACAAUAUUGUGCUACUCUACCAAGUGUAUACAAAAACAAGCGCACAAAGAAGGAAUAUGGUGCUGCACAUGGGGUGAAAAUCGGAACAGAAAUAAACAAUACAUUAUUACAGGUUCUUUAGAUAAUGGCCUCAUCGCUUGGGAGUGGUAAGUGCAUUAUUUGCUGAGGUCUAAGAUGCAUAAACUGUUUAUAAAGCUUGUAUUUUUUUUGUAAGAUGUUGACUGAAGAUAGCUUCUGAUAAUUACGACGGUCUAAUAAUAUUUUUAGCUUUCCUGUAUGGUUAGAUAUAGCAUAAUUCUUAAAAGCUUUGUUAAAUUUUUCUCAGUGAAAACUUAAUGAUUUAAAAACUAUAAUCUUAUUCGUAUAUUCCACCCCUCAGUUAUUGACUUAUUUAGAUAUACAUCCAAAACUUACAAUUCGAGUAGCAGUUUGGUGGCUAAGUUGACAGUCUGAACUCCACUCUAAUUACUUCGGGUUGGUCAACCAGGUAGUGAUAUCAUCAAGCUUCAUACAAAUGUUAUGGCUCAAAGCCGAGUACGUAAACCUGUACUUGGUAGGAUUAAUAGUCAGUUAAAAUGUCUUUAUCAAUUUGAAGGACAUAGAUUGGGUGUUAUUUCGGUUGACAUAAAUUCAACCGGUACACUAGCAGCAUCCAGCAGUCUUGAUAGCCAGAUUUUAUUAUGGAAUCUGGAAACAGGAAAGUUAACAAAAACAUAUGACGGUGAUCCAGCUGAUACCUGGACUGUUGCUUUCUCUCCUGAUUCGCGUUUCCUAGCUACUGGGAGUCAUACAGGCUGUGUAAAUAUGAUUAAUGUACAAACUGCUCAGAAAGAGGGUUCUAUUCAAUUAGAAGGGAAAUUUGUCUACAGCCUUGCUUAUAUCUCUGACGGAUCUAAGCUAGCUGCUGGAACAAUCAAUGGGCUUGUCAGCAUUUGUGAUUUAGAAACAGGGAGUGUUCAAUUUUUGGAUGGACACGCCACACCGGUACGUUCAAUUUCAUUUUCACCAGAUGGACGUCUAUUGGCUUCUGCAUCAGAUGAUAAACAAAUUAAAGUUUUCGAUGUACGCGAUGGUCGACUAGUUAUCCCUAGUUUAAAUGGUCAUAAAGGAUGGGUUGUAUCAGUAGAUUUCGCUUCAGAUAAUCGACAUCUUGUCACAGCAUCCACUGAUUGUUCUGUUCGAAUCUGGGAUUUGGCAUCAAAAGAAGAAAAACAUUGUUUUAAUACACAUGAAGAUCAGGUAUGGUGCGCUCGUUAUAGUCCUCAAGGAAAUAAUAUUAUAUCUGUAGGAGAUGAUAGAUCUAUCAUGAUUUAUCAAUGUGCUUAAUAUUAAAAAUAUUUUUAUACUUAUUAUUAUUAUUAUUAUUAUUA